AUGAAUUCAGACGACGCUGUUUUUAGUGGAUUUGCUGGUGGACAUGAUUCAGUUCCUGGUGUAGGAAAUGUUCCUCCAUCAACAGGUGGUUUUGAAGGAAUCAAUACAUCUGGAAAUCCUCAAUUAGAUGCUCAUACUCGUGUUGAUCCAAAUAAUUUUCCCGGUAUAGUCCAUUGGGGUCAAGAACAGGUUGUUGCACGUACACUACCUCAACACCCUCCAGUUGAUAAAUAA